CCCUGAAGUGCAGGGCACCAACUGCAGUAGGCAGAAAGGGGUCAGACAAGCCUUGGAGAAGGUGAGGUCUGGAGCGCUGAGCCCAGGUCAGAAGUAGGGCAAGGUUAACCCGCCCGAGGUAAGGCUGCAGUUGGCCAGGGACAUAGGUGGCAGGAGUCCUGGUCCCUCCACAGGACAAGAAACACCCUGAAGCUUUAGUUUUGGGGACAGAACCCAAAGCCAAUGUUGUAAAUGCCAGGCAAACAGUCAGAAGACAGGCCACUGGAAGUGGCAGCCGUGGAGGAUGGGGGUGACGAAGGCCUGGCGAGCCUCACAGCAGAGGAGCUGCAGCAGGGCCAGGAGGCUGCUCUGGCCUUGGAGGACAUGAUGGCUCUGAGUGCCCAGACCCUGGUUCGAACUGAGGUUGAGGAGCUGUACGAGGAAGUGCGUCCCCUGGGCCAGGGCAGGUUCGGCCGUGUCCUGCUGGUUACCCACCGUCAGAAAGGAACACCCCUAGCACUGAAGCAGCUCUCCAAGAACUCAACUUCCCUCCGUGGCUUCCUGUACGAGUUCUGUGUGGGCCUCGCCCUUGGCAAGCAUCCAGCCAUCGUGGUGGCCUAUGGCAUCGGCAUUGAGUCAGCCGCUUCCUACAGCUUCCUGACAGAGCCUAUUCUCCACGGCGACCUCAUCACCUUCAUCCAGCCCAAGGUGGGUCUUCCGCAGCCAGCUGCCCAGCGCUGUGCCAGCCAACUGGCCUCGGCCCUGGGGCACAUUCACUCGCACGGCCUGGUGUACCGGGACUUGAAGCCAGAGAAUGUGCUGGUGUGUGACCCAGCCUGCCUGCGGGUCAAGCUCACAGAUUUUGGCCACACUCGGCCCCGAGGGACCCUGCUCCGGCUCACUGGGCCACCUAUCCCCUACACUGCCCCUGAGUUGUGUGCCCCACCACCCUUCCCCGAGGGGCUACCCAUCCAACCUGCCCUGGACGCCUGGGCUCUGGGCGUCCUGAUAUUCUGCCUUCUUACUGGCUACUUCCCCUGGGACCAGCCCCUGGUGCAGGCUGACCCAUUCUUUGAGGACUUUCUCAUCUGGCAGGCCUCGGGCCAGCCCCAAGACCGGCCACAGCCGUGGUUCGGCCUGACUCCUGCGGCAGACAGUCUCCUGUGGGGGCUGCUAGACCCUCACCCCAGAAGGAGGAACCCCGUGAGCUCUAUCCAGGGCUACCUAGGCCAACCCUGGAGACAGAGGCAGGGGGAGGCUGAGGAGCUGAGAGACGAUGGGUCGUGAGGAGUCCAGGUGGCUGCAGAGGGGGAGCAACCCACCUACCGAGGCCUGUUGCCCGAGCCGCCUGCCUGGCUAUGGCGUCCUCUGUUUUCAGUCUGUAUCGGAUCUGUCCUGUGUGUCAUCUGGGUCCCUCCUUUAUGCUGCGUCUAUAUGUGAGCUCAUGUUUGUAUGCUUUUGUUGUAUGUGUGCACGUAUGUGUGCAUGUGUGUACACAUGUGUACAUGUGUGUGCUCGAGUGUGCACAUGCAUGUGUGCAUGCUGUAUGGAGGUCAGAGGAGUUUGGGAGUCAGUUCUCUCCUUCCACCCUGGGGCCCAGCAACGGAACUGAACUCUGUCAUGUGCCUUUACCUCUGGGGGCCGUCUUGCUGACUCCUGAGCUCUGGAUCUGCCUGCCUCGGCUUCCUCAGUCCUGGGAGGGCAGGUGUGCAGUGUGCUCAGCUCCCCUGCAUAGCUGUGCACACCCACCUCAGGUAGCCUCCCCACAGAAUGGGACAGCCGCCUCCACGGACAUCACCAUCCUAGCCCCUCCCCCCCACGAGUCCCUUUUGUUUCUGUCUCUGGUGUGUGCUGUGUCUCCUAACUGUGCACUCCCUUCUUUCUUGGUCUGAGCUCCCAGAGGGUGGCUGUGGCUCUGAGAGACGCAUCCUAGUUUUCAGAGCUGGAUUGUGGCGGGCUGCAGAGGGAAAGGACCUCGCGGUAGCCAUCCUCCCAGCUGUCACCCUGUCUUCACUCAAAUCGCUCCAGCGUUUCUCUCUCACCCACCUGCAUGCGGGAAACCAGUUUUUGUACACGUGCCUCAGCUGCUCUCUGCGAAUAAAGUCCCCCUGGCAACUGG